GUUAACAUGUAAAAAUACAUCACUUGCUUGUCAUUUAUAUAAAAUAUAUUACUAUAUUUUGCCUUAAUUAUGAUUAAAAAAAAAAUAAUCUUAACCAGCGAUUGCUGUUGCUCAGAACCAACCACACCUGAGCAAGUGUCCUUGGCACGGAACCGGGAUAGUGUGACAGAGAUCUUUGCUGAAUGCGGAAAAAAACUGGGCAACCGGGCUCGGCAGGUGAUAGACUUGGCCAAGAAACGAAACCAGGAAUUCCAUUGCAGGACCUCUUCAAUCUCAAAAAUAAAACCUCUAAAAAGGAAACCUAUUCAUCCGCCAAGUUUCUGGAAAAGAUUAACCUUCGAUGACUUGGCCACUGGCGUCCUUAUCCUAAUGAUCCUAUUGAUACUUGUUCUAGUGCUUUUCCUGGUCCGAAGCUACAAUCUAGCCCAUGCCUAUGGAACCGGUGGCUGUUUGUGGCCCAUGUUUUGGGGCCAAUGCCAGAUAAUGACCUGAAGCCAAGGAUUCCUAUUUACAAAUGCUGCCCCCCGCAAACUUUUGUUCAAUUGAUUGUGGACAAUAAACGCAGCCACAAACUAGAA